UGACAACGGGCGCUUAGUGAUUACGCGUCCAACAAAACAUCUUACAGCCGACACAAACAGUUGUAAUAUUUAUUUGAAACAUGAAGACGUAUAUUUUGUUGUGUUCCGUAUUAGCUGCAGUUAAUGCUAUAAACAUUGAUUUAUCGUCCAGUGACAGUGUUGUGUGGACUUUUUUGAACAGUAACAGAAGUAUCUUGGGCAAGGCAGAUGUGCCGGGCGGCAUUUACACGGACUUGCAAGCAAAUGGCGUUAUUGGAAACAUCCUGGCUGGAGAUAAUGACGUGCGCACACGAUGGGUCGCUCACGAGUUGUGGACGUACACCGGACAGUUUAAUGUGUCAAAGGAAGUUAUAUUGAACUCUAGAGUCUUGCACUUAGUGUUCGAAGGUGUGGACACUGCAGCAUUUAUAUCGCUGAACGAUAAUCCUAUUGGAUCUGUGAAUAAUAUGUUUGUGAGAUACGUUUUUGAUAUCAAGGACAGUCUUCAGGAGGGUUCAAAUGAGCUGAAGGUGUUCUUUUUGUCGCCGAUACAAACCGCUAAGGUUCGGUCCGACAAGUAUUUUACGGCUCCUGAAUGUGUGCCUGCAGAGUACAACGGGGAGUGCCACGUCAAUCAGAUAAGAAAGAUGCAAGCAUCCUUUAGCUGGGAUUGGGGACCUGCAUUUCCUUCUGUUGGGAUUUGGAAGCCAGUUUACAUCGAAGCUUACAACACAGCCAUUAUAAGAUCAUUGACCACGCACAUAACGAAACAGAAAGAAGAAUGGGCAUUGAAUAUAAAGGCUUAUUUAGAGACAAGUAUGAGAAAGACACAAAUCACUGGAAUGUUAAGUGCGACACUGGAACUAGAGGGAAAACAGACAGUGAAGAAAUGGGUGCCUGUUUAUGAAACCAGUCAAAGUGAUGGAACCUUUGUAGUAGAGCUUGAACUCAAAGUUAGUGAGAAUCAGGUCAGAGUCUGGUGGCCGAACGGUUAUGGAAAGCAGCCUCUUUACGAGUUGAAUGUGCUUUUUGCAUCUGACACAUCUUUGAACGAGACCUCACACAAAAGGAUUAUGGUAGGAUUCCGAACUGUGGAGCUAGUUGAAAGAGACGCUUCUGAAGUACUUGGUAACACCACAGCAGGGACCGGUCUAACAUUUUAUUUCAAGGUCAACGGCUACCCACUCUUCAUGAAGGGAUCGAACUGGAUACCUUCCAAUAUCCUCCCUGAACUCGGCGAAAGUGAGACAGAAGUCGUUGAUAAUCUUCUAAAGUCCGCUCAGGAUGCUCACAUGGCGAUGCUCCGUGUAUGGGGCGGUGGAGUCUAUGAGUCCGACUACUUCUAUGAAAAAUGUGACCAACUAGGCAUUCUCGUUUGGCAAGAUUUCCUAUUUGCCUGUGCUAUGUAUCCUACAGAUUCUGACUUUAUUAGCACAGUUCAGGGAGAAAUAGAACAGAAUAUAUUACGCCUACAGCAUCACCCCUCCAUUGCUGUUUGGGCUGGUAACAAUGAGAAUGAAGCCGCUCUGGUAGGGAACUGGUACGGAACUAGACAGAACUUUGAAAAAUACCAAAAGGACUAUAUUAAACUUUAUGUGGAAACAAUAAAGCCUAUAGUCCAAGACUUGGAUCCGGGACGGCGUUACUUGGUUUCAAGUCCUUCGAAUGGUCUUGAGUCAGAGAAAGAGAAUUAUAUAUCACACAAUCCUUAUGAUCCUCAUUAUGGAGACACGCAUUACUACAACUAUUUAGCAGAUAAUUGGAAUAUGAUGACUUACCCAAAAACAAGGUUCGCGUCUGAGUACGGAUUUCAAUCUUUGCCGUCUCUCGCGACCAUGAGGACUGCCACGAAUAAUUCCGAAGAUUUCAGCGUGGACAGCAAUUAUUCUAUCCACAGACAGCAUAGCCCGAAUGGAUAUUCUUUCAUUGAAUUGCAGAUGAAUAGUCGCAUGAAAAUAAAUGAGGAUGAUCCAAAAUAUUUCGAGAAAUUCGUUUUUUAUAGUCAGAUAUCUCAAGCAAUGGCGAUAAAGACAGAGACAGAACUGUACCGUCAAGACCAGGCUAACUGGUAUACAAUGGGUGCUCUGUACUGGCAGCUAAAUGACGUGUGGCAAGCUCCUUCCUGGUCGUCGAUUGAAUACACUGGAAGAUGGAAAAUGUUACAUUAUUUUGCCAAAAACUUUUUCGCGCCAGUUCUGGUGUCUCCUCGCUUAGACUCGACUGGUGAAAUGGAGGUAUACCUCAUCAACGACAGAUUUGUGCCAAUAAUGGAAGCUAAAAUCACGAUGGAAUUCUUUAAUUGGAGCAGCCCCGCCCCCAUUCUUACCAAGCAAUAUCCAGCGAGCUGUGGACCUCUAACUGCGACAUUACAACCAAAUAUAGACAAAACAUUUAUGGGCUAUAAAACUGAAGAAAUAUUCGCUAAGUUUACUUUGCAAGCACCUGGUGUGCAGUCCCCACCGAACUAUGUAUUUCCGGUGCCAUUAAAACACGUGACGACCUUGAAGAAACCACACAUAGAGGUACUUGUAUCGAAUUUCGUUAUGAGACGACAACGUCGAAGUCUUGAAUACUCCGUACAGAUACGAGUGGACACAGUGGUAGCCUUCCUGUGGCUAGAAACUACGGUAGACGGCAGGUUCGAACAAAAUGGUCUCAUCGUGACGGAACCCCAAAUAUCUGUUAAGUUUUUCUGCAAAGAACACGUGUCACCGAGAAUACUGGAAAAUUCUAUUACGACGCAAUAUUACUUAAACUAACACGCUGGUUAGCUGAUUUAAUGGACCACUGAAUAGGAACACGCUUUAAAACACACUGUACAUUAUGACUCAAUACC